GUUAAGAUUACCGACACUAUUACUAGUUUCUUUAUUCGCCGUAGUAUUUAUUUUAUAUUUUUCGGGAAGCCUAUACUACACAGACAGAUUCCCGAUAGAGAUCAACCUAUAGGGGAUAUACCUCCGUUACCGCUAUUUAUCGAAGAGGAAGAGCUAUCGGAUAGCUAUAAAAGGAGAAAUACACGGGAUUAUUUAAAGCGUCAAAGGCGGAAGGUUCGUAUAUACGGACUUAGUUCACGCCUAGCGACAGAGAGGGAAGAGGAACAAGAAGAACCUAUAGAUCCUCACAAUAAAGACCUUUCCCUUCUAGAAUCGACUAUCGAACCUAUACCCGUCGAUUCCGUACCGUCUACUAUAUAUAAUACCCACGGUUCUACUAGUAUAGGAGAUACAGAUACUACCAGUGAUUAUAUAAGGAUCUCUAUUAAAACAAAUAAGCCUACACAAGAUCCGGGCGAAGGAGGAUCGAUCAUAGUUAAUAACGCACUCCUACCGGCGUCCCCAGAAUCCGAUCCUACUCAUUCAUCAUAUACUAGUAGUACCCCCGGGCAGCAAGCGUUUGAUACCUACCUUACCCACUUACAGAGAGCCCAGGAAGAGCAGGAGCGACUAGACAAGGAAUUAGAGCGUGACAGGCUUAAUAAAGAACUUGGUCUGUCUAACCAGGCACAGCUACAUUCAAGGGAUCCACCCCGAGUAGAGGACCGACAAAACUCACCACUGGCCUCUAAUAAUAAGCCAGCGGUACCAGUACAGGCAGAGAGAGAGCUUACAACUCCUACUAUAAAUAUCACCAGUCCCGAUCUACCGCCCGUUCCCCUCCAUAACGGUCAGCCUGAAUCCACAGUAGAGAACAAUAAUAAGAGAACACCGGUUUCCCGGGAUAUUAUUAGAAAGCCCUCCAGUCACACCUCUUCCGCCGAUGAUUCUAGGCCUACAGUAGCAGCGCCGCCUCAACCAUAUCAAGGGCCCAAAGGCUAUUCACUAUACGAUUUACGUCUUCAAAGUCUCAGACCGGCUCAAUAUUUCCGUGCGGCCACCACAGAUGGCAGGAAUACCAUCUUCAUGAUUUCUAAGCAUAAAGAGCAGGAACUUAUCGCGGCAGGGCGACUCACCAAGGAGAGGUAA